AUGGUGUCACCAGCCCGGACAACAACGGAAGGUGGUGCUGCUAGCCCGGAUAACAACAGAAGGUGGUGCUGCCAGCCCGGACAACAACAGAAGAUGGUGCUGCCAGCCCGGACAACAACAGAAGGUGGUGUCACCAGCUCGGACAACAACAGAAGGUGGUGUCACCAGCCCGGACAACAACAGAAGGUGGUGCUGCCAGCCCGGACAACAACAGAAGCACCAUCGUUCACGGAACUUCAUAUUGCCUCAGAAGCCGGGGACCUGUUAAGGGUGAAACUCAUCUUGUCCAAGGGACGUGUGGACAUUAACCGUAAAGAGUGGAUUGGUAGGACACCGGUGAUGUUGGCAGCUGGUGAAGGACAUACAGGAUUGGUUAAGUUACUUGUGAGUGAAGGAGCUGACAUGUCACUCGAAGAUAGAUUCGGUAUCAACAUCCUUCACUCUGCCUGUAUUGGAGGAGAUGUAGAGAUGGUGAAGUAUGUCCUUUCACGGGACAUGGUGGACAUCGAUGGUAAAGUAAAGUGCGGGAGAGCACCGACGAUGCUGGCAGCAGAGAACGGACAUAGAGAGUUAGUUGAAUUACUUGUCAGUAAAGGAGCUCAUGUGAUAUACGUGGAUGACAGACGUGACAACAUCCUUCACUGUGCCUGUCGGGGAGGACAUGUGGAGGUGGUCAAGUAUGUCCUCUCACAAGACAAAGUAGACAUCAACCGUAGAGGAUGGAAGAAGAGGACACCAGUGAUGGAGGCAGCAUUGAAUGGAAAUAAAGAAGUGGUAGAGUUACUCGUGUGUGAAGGCGCUGAUGUGUCACUCGUGGGUGAAGCUCAUGACAACAUCCUUCACUGUGUCUCUAAGGGUGGAGUCGUGGAAGUUGUCAAGUAUGUCCUCUCACAAGACAUGGUAGACAUCAACAGUAGAGGAUGGCAGAAGAGGACACCUAUAAUGGUGGCAGCACUGAAUGGACAUAAAGAAGUGGUAGAGUUACUCGUGAGUGAAGGAGCUGAUGUGUCACUCGUGGAUAAAGCUGGUAAUAACAUCCUUCACUGGGCCUCUGAGGGAGGAGAUGUGGAGGUGAUCAACUAUGUCCGCAGAUGUUGUGGAACUAAAUAG